CCGCUGUCACUCUCUCGGCCCCUCCGCCUCCUCAUUCGCCCGCUCGUCUCCAAACGCGGGUCCGCGGCGGCUCCCGGAGGAGCCCGGCGCCCGGAGCACCUGGGGUCCGGCCCGCGGAGCCCCGAGCCAGGCCGGCGGCGGAGGCAGCGGCGGCGGCGGCGGCGGGAGCGGCGGGAGGAGCGGCGGGAGGAGCGGGAGCCCGGAGCGCGGCGGCCCCGGACCGGAGCGCGGGCACCGGGAGCCCCGGGAGCAGCGGCCGCCGCCGCCGCGAUGUCCCGGCGGAAGCAGAGCAAACCCCGGCAGAUCAAACGGCCGCUAGAAGACGCCAUCGAAGAGGAAGAAGAAGAGUGUCCAUCCGAGGCAACAGAUACCAUCUCCAAGGGAGACUUUCCAUUGGAGGAAAGCUUUUCCACAGAAUUUGGGCCUGAAAAUCUGAGCUGUGAAGAAGUGGAAUUCUUUUGUAACAAAGGUGAUGAAGAAGGCAUCCAGGAAACAGCGGAGUCAGAUGGGGACACACAGCCAGAGAAGCCGGGGCAGCCUGGAGUGCAGACAGGUGACUGGGAUGGACCAGGAGAGCUGGAGGUCUUUCAGAAAGAUGGGGAACGGAAAAUUCAGAGUCGGCAGCAACUUCCUGUGGGAACGACGUGGGGCCCAUUUGCUGGGAAGAUGGACCUGAAUAAUAAUUCGCUGAAGACAAAGGCGCAGGCCCCCAUGGUGCUGACUGCUGGUCCCAAGUGGCUGCUGGAUGUGACUUGGCAAGGGGUGGAGGACAACAAAAACAACUGCAUUGUGUACAGCAAAGGGGGUCAACUUUGGUGCACAACAACGAAGGCCAUCUCUGAGGGCGAAGAGCUAAUUGCCUUUGUGGUGGAUUUUGACUCAAGGCUCCAAGCUGCCAGUCAGAUGUCUCUUACAGAAGGGAUGUACCCUGCCCGCCUGCUGGACUCAAUUCAGCUGCUUCCUCAACAAGCCGCCAUGGCUUCUAUUUUGCCUACAGCUAUUGUCAAUAAGGAUAUAUUCCCUUGCAAGUCUUGUGGCAUCUGGUAUCGGAGUGAGCGGAACCUGCAAGCCCAUUUGAUGUACUAUUGCAGUGGGAGGCAAAGGGAAGCUGCUCCAGUGUCAGAAGAAAGCGAAGACAGUGCCGCUCAGACUUCCUGCCUGUGUCCCUUCCCACAAUGCACCAAGAGUUUCUCAAACGCCCGGGCUCUAGAAAUGCACCUGAAUUCACACAGUGGAGUGAAAAUGGAAGAAUUCCUCCCUGCUGGUGCUAGUCUGAAGUGCACCGUCUGUAGCUACAAUGCUGAUUCUGUGAUCAACUUUCACCAACACCUGUUCUCCCAUCUCACUCAAGCUGCCUUCCGCUGCACUCACUGCCACUUCGGCUUCCAGACUCAGAGGGAGCUCGUGCAGCACCAGGAGCUCCAUGUCCCUGGGGGCAAACUUCCCCGAGAAAGUGACCUGGACCACUCCCCCAGCGGAACGGAAGACAGCUUACCGCCAGCCACGGACUUGUUGGCCAGAAGCGAACUCCCCCAGAGCCAAAAGGCCAUGCAGACUAAAGACGCCAGCUCUGACACCGAGCUGGACAAGUGUGAGAAAAAGACUCCGCUCUUUCUCACGAACCAGAGGCCAGAGAUCCAGCCGGCAACAACUAAGCAAAGCUUUUCCUACACGAAAAUCAAGUCUGAGCCCUCGAGUCCAAGACUUGCCUCCUCUCCCGUGCAGCCUAACAUGGGGCCUUCUUUCCCGGUGGGUCCUUUCCUCUCUCAGUUUGCUUUCCCCCAAGAUAUCACCAUGGUCCCUCAGGCUUCAGAGAUCUUAGCCAAGAUGUCCGAGCUGGUGCACCGGCGCCUGAGGCACGGAAGCAGCAGCUACCCUCCCGUCAUCUACAGCCCCUUGAUGCCCAAGGGGGCCACUUGCUUUGAGUGUAACAUAACUUUCAACAAUCUGGAUAACUACCUAGUGCACAAGAAGCAUUACUGCAGCAGCCGAUGGCAGCAGAUGGCCAAGUCCCCCGAGUUCCCUGGGGUUGCAGAAAAGAUGCCCGAGGCCCUGAGCCCCAACACCGGCCAGACCUCCCUGAACCUCCUCAACCCGGCUGCUCACGCUGCUGAUCCCGACGGGAAUCCACUCCUCCCAACGUCCUGCAUCAACUCCUCCUCCGUGGUCUUAGAUUUAAUCGGGCCCAACGGGAAGAGCCACGACAAGGACUUCUCUGCUCAGGCCAAGAAGCUCUCCACCACCUCCAGCGGCAACGACGACAAGAUGAAUGGGAAACCCGUGGAUGCAAAAACCCCCUUGGUGGACGGGGAGAGCGACCCCAACAAGACCACCUGCGAGGCCUGCAACAUCACCUUCAGCCGGCACGAGACCUACAUGGUCCACAAGCAGUACUACUGCGCCACCCGCCACGACCCGCCGCUCAAGAGGUCGGCCUCCAGCAAAGUGCCCGCCAUGCAGAGGACCAUGCGCACACGCAAACGGAGGAAGAUGUACGAGAUGUGCCUCCCCGAGCAGGAGCCGAGGCCCGCGCUGGUCCAGCAGCAGCGCUUCCUGGACGUGGCCAGCCUCGGCAAUCCGUGCACCUCCUCUGCCCAGGAGCCCCCCGACGGGCUUGGGGAAUGCUACCACCCACGAUGCGACAUCUUCCCGGGCAUCGUCUCCAAGCACCUGGAGACGUCCCUGACCCUCAACAAGUGCGUCCCUGUCUCCAAAUGUGACGCCCCAGCUCAUUCCAGCGCGUCCUGCCUGGAGAUGGACGUGCCCAUGGACCUCAGCAAGAAGUGCUUAUCCCAGGCCGAGCGGACCACCGCGUCCCCCAAGAGGCUGCUGGACUACCACGAGUGCACCGUGUGCAAGAUCAGCUUCAACAAGGUGGAGAACUACCUGGCCCACAAGCAGAAUUUCUGCCCUGUCACCGCCCACCAGCGCAACGACCUGGCUGCGCAGCUGGACAGCAGCAAAGCGUUUGCUGCGAACCCGGAGAGCGGGCGCAGCAGCCCCGAUGCGGCCGCCGGCUAUGACCGGAGCAUCCUCAAGUGCGAGAAGAACGGGAGCCUGAAGCAGCCUUCCCCCAACCCCAACGGGAACCUCUUCUCCUCGCACUUGGCCACCCUGCAAGGCCUGAAGGUCUUCAGCGAGGCUGCCCAGCUCAUCGCCACAAAGGAAGAAAGCAAACAUUUGUUCCUGCCGCAAUGCCUUUACCCGGGGGCCAUCAAGAAGGCCAAGGGAGCCGCCGACCAGCUCUCUCCAUAUUAUGGGAUCAAGCCGAGCGAUUACCUUGCAGGCUCUCUGGUCAUCCAUAAUAAUGCCGACCUGGAGCAAGGCACGAAUGCAGAAAAUGAAUCUCCCCCCAAAGGCCAGGCUGCCUCCAACGGGUGCACGGCGCCCAAGAAGGACUCCCUGCCUUUGCUGCCCAAAAACAGAGGCAUGGUCAUCGUCAACGGGGGACUGAAGCCAGAUGAGAGGCCUGCCCCCUCCACCAACCCGCAGCAGGAGAACAUUUCCCAGAAUGCCCAGCACGAAGAGGGCCACAAAUCUCCCUCCUGGAUCUCGGAGAACCCUUUGGCCCCCAAUGAGAACGAAUCCCCAGGAGUGCCCUCUGCGGAGGACCAGUUGUCUAGUAUAGCGAAGGGGGUAAACGGCUCCAGCCAGGCUCCCACCAGCGGCAAGUACUGCCGGCUGUGUGACAUCCAGUUCAACAACCUCUCGAACUUUAUAACCCACAAGAAGUUUUAUUGCUCGUCACAUGCAGCGGAACACGUCAAAUGAGAUGACUAGCUAACUUAGAGACGCCAAGGCCCCUUUUGGUACAGUGUUGAGUAACGUUGAUUCUUCCCGGCCCAGAAAGUGAUAAACCAACAGAAACAGAAGCUGUGUGGGUUGUAUCUGGGUAACCGGGAUGGCCAAAUGGAAGACUUAAGGUGUACUUUCAUUACAGUCCAUUAGUAACGUGUAUUAUUGGUGCCAUUUUCAAGAAAAAAGAAUUAAUUUAUUUUACCGGCAGUAUUCAUAGCUGUGGUUAUGUUAUUUUUAUUUAAAAAAAAAACACACAACAAAACUUUAUAUUAAAGUCAUUUGUAAUGUUAUUGUAUAGUUAUCGUGUAGCACAUAUGGUUUGCACUGUAUAGUAGCUUUUAAAGAAAAUAGUCACAAACAAUACAGAAAAAAAAAAAGCAUUUUAGAAAUAGCUUCAAAAGCACUCGUGUACCUUGGUUUUCUUCUUAUAUGCUGUUGCAGAUGAACGUAUAUGCUAAAAUAUAACUUGCAAAGAUGUUCUAAGUACACAUGCUGUAAGUUCGCCUUAAGAUUUCAAUUCUUGGAUAAUCAGGCCCUGUUUGCACUUUAUAUUUUAGCAGAUACCAUCCCUUAGUCACUAGGCUUUGCAUUUGUAUGUAGCCGUAUGUUUCUGUCCAUUUUCUUAACCUUAAAACAUGUAUGUUAAAUGAAGAUGGCCAUUUUUUUCUUGUAUAGUACUUGUAUUUUCUUUCGCUGAUGCAGCUCUGUUCUCAAUUUUUAAACCUUUGCUGUUAAAUGCAAUACUUUAUAAAGAAUGAACAAAAUUACUGGAAGCAGUAUUGUAAGUAAACGAAGUAGUAUUAACCAGUUUUAUCUUUUGAAAGGCACAGUCUAAAUCGAAACCCUGAACUCAAUGCUGCAAGUAUGAAUUUAAUUCAUAUAUAAGAUCUAUUUAAAUAUAAUAGUAGCAAUACUGCACCUGGUGAUCACAAAGAUAAUGUUCUACUUCUGAUAGAAAUAAUUUCUCAACAAAUGUUGUUACUAUGCAUGUAUAUGGAUGGAAUAAAAUUCCAGAUUGUUGGAGA